CACUUUUUUUCAACUAAUAAAGUAAAUUUAAUAUUUAUUUUGCUAUGGUAACCAGUUAUACACUAAUACCCAUGAUCCAUGACAAAAUAAAUAUUUUAUUUUGUCAUGCUAAUACCGGUAAUGGUAUAUUCAACUGUUUAAACUAUAGGACAUACCUAGGUCCGAAAAAGAUAAAAAAUUUCAUAGAAAAAGGUUUGAAGCACUAUUAAAUAAUUACAAUUUAUAACCAAUCUGCUGUGAAGGCACUUUUAUACUUGAUUUGUUUCACAUUAUUCUUUCAUGUCGCACAGUUUAAAAAUGUUGUCAUUUAAUUUAUUACAAAAAUUAAAUGUUACGGUAUCAACUAGUCAAUUUGUUUGUCGCAAUAUAUCAGCUUCAUCGGUGUUGAUGGCCAACAUUUCAGAUCCCAUCCAACAACUUUUCUUAGAUAAAAUUUGUGAAUACAAUGGGAAAUUUGAUUCCAAGACGUUUGACCCUUCAAUUGAUAAAGGUUACAAGGGUGAUUUAGAACAGAUUGGCAGACAGUAUAACAUUGGCACAAAUGAAGAUACUACAAAAUUCCCAACAAUUAAAUUUGAUAAACCCAAUAUUGAUCCACAAGUUUGAAGAUAAUACAUUUUGCGUGUUUUUGUUCUGAUAUGAAUAGUAAUGUAAUUAUACUGGAAUAAG